AGUGUCGGUAAGUGCCCGCGAAGGCCAACUCUUUCAGAGUACCUAGUCUUUUCCCACCCGACCCGCGUCUUGCCUCAACCGAACUGCGUGUUUUCCACCAUGCCACUGAAGAAAAAAUUCGAAGAAGGCUGCUGACGUGAACAUUUAUACCGAUGCCGGUGCUAGGUCUACCGCUGUGCUCGCAGCCAAGACCGUCAUAGCCUCAGAGUCUGACAUGAUUGCCGGUGCGAAAAGGUCACUGGCUGAAUGCCUUGAUACCGACGAACUCCAUUCGGAAGUCCUGUACGAUAACAUGUAUACCGGCAACGACGAAGGUCUUGGAAUAGUCAGGGAACAUGCAAGAAUACCUGCACUAGAGACCAAGGUCGAAGUGUUGGAGAGACAGCUCAACGAGUCGAAGAAGGAGAUGAUGGACCGUUUCAGCGAACUCCACAACACAUUCAAUCGGCUAGCGCAAGAGACAGACGUGAGGUUCUCUCUUCGUUCUGCCAAUAUCAGGAGCAGGUUUCUCAAAAGGUCGUCGACCAGGGAAAUGUCGCCGCUCACCACGGAUUCUUUAUGGCGGACGCUAUGCUAUACGAUCCAGAGGGCUUUAUGGACGAAAAUGGCCAGCAAUUCCCACCACGAACUGACCGGGAUACCUUCAAGCUUCUUUAUGGUGUUGACCCUAGCCUUGCUGAGAAAAUCAAUUACACGCCGACAGUUCAGGUACUGGAGAGGCAUGCCACGGUCCGCGCUUCGUCUAGAUUUCGAAUGACCUCCCUGUUCGAGGAGAAAUUUCAAGCAUUCAUACGCGCUUUGAAAGCCACAGACUACGCUGGUGAUUACCUGAAUUUCCAAUCAGAUCAGGUUGCAGAGCUUCUGUUCGCAUACCAAGAGUUCUGGAAGGCUAGUAGACAGUGCCAGCCACUACGGUGAUUCUAGGAGGCUGCUUCCACAUGUACUAUUCGGCAGUCCUACGCCACACAAGUCAUACAUCUGGAC